AUGUAUCCUCAAAAAGGAGGUGAAACACAUGAGGAAGAAGUUCCAAAGGAACCAGUCUCGACACCAUUAGUGGUGGAACAUGAAGCCCUGGAAGUUUCUAUCAAUGUUCCUACUAAGGUUGAAAAGGAAAUUCAUUUGGAGGAAUUGGAUUUGAUAGCUAAUCCUAAAGGAAAUGUAGAUAAUCAAGAUGGUACUUUUAAGGAUUUCAAUCCUGACAACAACUUGGAAAACUUAUCAAUUGCUUCUCUUAGCUCUGAGGGGUCUUUUGUAGAUGCAAUGGUUGAUCAGUUGGAUGGGACGGACAUAGUUAACCAUAACAAUGAUUUUCUUAACAAGGCUUGA